AUGUGGUUUGUUCUUAUAGCCACUUUAAUUUUAUUUCCUUUUACUAAUUCUUUUCAUAUAUCAAAUCUUUGUCAAAAUAAAUGUUUAAAUAAUGGUACAUGUAUAAUAAAUUCUGAAGAUAAACGUGAAUCAUGUUUAUGUUCAAAAGCAUUUUCUGGUGAUCGUUGUCAAAUAAAUAUUGAUGAAUGUUCAAGUUCACCUUGUCGUUAUGGUGGUUUAUGUAUAGAUGGUCUUGGUGAAUUUAUAUGUUCAUGUCCAGAGGGAUAUGAAGGACGUUUUUGUGAAAUUCCAAUUGAUCCAUGUCAAAAUAAUCCAUGUGAAAAUCAAGGCACUUGUAUACGUACAAUAUAUAAUAAUAAUUUUCGUUGUGUUUGUCCAACAAAUUAUUCAGGUCGUUUAUGUCAAAUAUUAAUAAAAAAUUUUUGUUCAUCAUCACCAUGUUUAUUAAAUGCGACAUGUGAAAAUUUACCUCAUGGUUAUCGUUGUUAUUGUUCAUCGGAUAAUGAUGAUUUAUGUGAUAAAAGUAAAAUAAAAAAUAUAACUUGUUCAAUAUCAUCAUUAAAUAAUACAAAUCAAUGUAUAUAUGGUACAUGUCUUAAUGGAAAAUGUAAUUGUUUUCCUGGAUGGACAGGAGAUUUUUGUUCUGAAGAUAUUAAUGAAUGUAAAAUGAAUCCAUGUAAUAACCUAGAAACAUGUUAUAAUACUCCAGGUUCGUAUAUAUGUUCAUGUCCACCAGGAACAACAAAUAAAAAUUGUCAAAAUAUUCAAUGUAUCGAAUCAUCCUGUUUAAAUGGAGGCAUAUGUGCUCGAAAAGAUAAUGGUAUUUCAUUUUGUCAAUGUCCAGCAAAUUUCUAUGGUCAUCAUUGUGAACUUCUCGUUGUAAAUACUCGUCAUAAUCAAGCAACAAUUGAUACAUGUUUAAUAAAUAAUUGUUCAUUAAAACGAAAUAAUAAUCGAUGUGAUCAUGAAUGUAAUUUUGCACAAUGUCAAUUUGAUAAUUAUGAAUGUACAUUAAAACGUGAUCCAUGGGAUUUAUGUCCAAUAGAAGAUUGUUGGCGUUUAUUUCGUAAUGGAGAAUGUGAUGAAAAAUGUAAUAUAAAAGAAUGUUUAUUAGAUGGUUUUGAUUGUGAUCGACAAUUAUUAACAUGCAAUGUAAGUUAUUGUCAAUCGAAAAUAUUAAAUGGUAUAUGUGAUCAUGAAUGUAAUAAAAUUGGUUGUGAUUAUGAUCGUGAUGAUUGUUUACCAAUACAAAAUGAUGGUUUAUUAGGAACCAUUAUAUUACAACUUGAAAUAAAUAAAGAAAUAUUUGAAAAACGAAAAGAAUUAUUUCUUCAAAGAUUUAGUUCAAUAUUAAAUAGUCCAGUGAAAAUUUCAUUAAAUAAAGAUGGAAGUGAAUUAAUCCUACCUUGGUAUAAAGAUGGUAAUGAUAAAACAAAACCUAUUGGUAUAAAAAUUUAUAUAACAAUAUUAAAAACAUGUAAUUCAUCUAUAUCAUCAAAUUGUCAAUUUGAUAAUGUACGUCAAUCUGUUGAUUAUCUUGGUGCAUUACAACAAAAUGGUGAAUUAGCUCAACGUCUUCAAAUGCCAAUAUCUGAUAUAAAUAUUCUUCCUGAUAAUGUACAACAAAUAAAUGAUAAAUCAAAAUAUGUGUAUAUAUCUAUUAUUAUACCAUGUUUUCUUGUAUUAACUAUUCUUGUUGGUUAUGGUUUAAUACAACGUCCAAAACGUUUUAUAAAAGCACCUGUUUGGUUUCCAUCAAUAUUUAUUGAUGAAAAUAAACGUGAAUUAUCAUGGAUAAAUCGUACAAAAACAAAAAAUACAAAUUAUGAAUUAACAAAUAAUAAACGACAAAAAAUUGAACAUAAUUCAUUAUCACCUGAUUGUGAAAUAAUACCAACAAAUACAUUAAAUAUACCAGGUGGUCCAAAUGGUGAUAUAAAUGUAUUAGAAUUAGAAAUAUCACGUCGUGAUCCAUAUGGAAAAUAUGAAGCUGAUGAAGAAACAAAUUUAAAUUUAUAUAUUAAUCAUGGUGCUGAUAUACAUUGUCGUUUAGGUACAAAUCAAGAAACAUUAUUACAUUUAGCAUGUCGUCGUCGUCGUUUAACAGCUGUACGAGUUUUAAUAGCACAUGGUUGUGAUCCAAAUGUACGUGAUAUAUAUGGUGCUACACCAUUAUUACGUGCUGUAUCAGCUAAAGCAUUUGAUAUUGUACAAUUUUUCUUAACAAAUGCAAAUAUAUUAAAAUUAGAUAUUAAUGCAAGUACAUAUAUAUAUGAAAGAGAUAAUGAAGAAUUACCUGGUGAUAAUCCAUUACGUAAAGCAAUACGAGCACAUUAUAAUGAUAUAGCUGAAUGUUUAUUAAUAGCAGGUGCUGAUGUUGAUGCAACUGAUCGUUGUGAUGCAUCAGUUGGUGGAAAUGAAACACGUAUUGGUCGAACAGCUUUACAUUAUGCAGCUGUUGAAGAUAAUAUGAAUGGUGCUUUAUUAUUAUUAAAACAUGGAGGUAAUAUUGAAGCACAAGAUGAACAUCUUGAAACACCAUUAUUUAAAGCAGCAUAUAAUUUAUCAUUUGCAACAUGGGAAGUUUUAAUAUGUCGUGGUGCAAAAAGUCAAAUAGCAAAUGAAGAUGGUUAUACACCAAAAUCUAUAGCAAUGAAACAAAUUGGUGCUGGACCAUUUCGUUUUGGACCUGAUAGUGAUGAAGUAUUAAAUAAUAUUAAACCAAAAUCAGAUGCUGAAAAACAUUUUAUACAAUGGUUAAAAAAUGAAUGUCCACCUAAUUGUCAUCUUGAAUCAAUAAAUCCAAAAAAAGAAACAAUAAGAAAAAAAAAUAUUAUAAAAAAGAAAACAAAUUUUAUUCAUCAUUAUCCUCAAACAACACAAAUUCUUAAUAAUAAUUCACAUCCACCUCCAGUACUACCACCACCACCACCAUAUACUAUGACAAAUUGUUAUCAGCAACCAUUUUAUAGUCAAUAUUCUAUUCCAACAUCUUAUUCACAUGUUGAACAUUUUCAACCAUCACCACCACCAUCAUCACAAUGUGAAAUAGCUGAUCAAGAAUUAUACUUUCAAUUAUCAUAUCCAUCAUUUAGUUUAUAA